AAUGUGGUAACUUCGCUACAGAGUGUUGUCAAGGAUCACCGAGUAUACUCCGGAAUAUACUCCUGAAGUGGCUGGCAGUAGUAUUGUGCUAGAAAAUGCUGGAAUUGACUGGAUAGUACACGGAAGGACCAGUAAACGGAAGAAAGUCCAGGCAAAUACGGUUAACUCGGCCAGCCACAGGUGGACCUAUAUAGGUAUAUACAUGACGUCACUAAACUGUCAUGGUCGGAAUGUCCUGGAAAGUUCGACGAUUGUCGAACUUGCUCGAAUUGUCCAGAACGUACAGUUGGUAAAUGAGUGUCUGAAUUUAAAAAGACCUCGACCCGACCCACAUUUCUCUUCACAACUGUUUAUACCCUUAUCCUCAUCAUGACGAGCAACUUUGAUCUUACCGACAAGUCAAAUGAAACCCUGACCGCUGCCAUACAGUUGGCCAAAGAUUCUGCAAAUGCUCAGGUUGCACCGGCUCAUAUUGCCUUUGUCCUUCUCAAUGAAGAAGGCGGAGGAACCCCUUUGUUCGCUUCAGUGCUUGAAAAGGCUGGAGGUGACACAGGAGUAGUGAAGCGCGCUUUGAAGAAGAUCCUCGUUCGACUACCAACACAGAGCCCCCCUCCAGAUGAGACAUCCCUCAGCUCUGCCUCUCUCAAGGUUCUGCGGGAAGCGCAGAGCAUCCAGAAGACGAUGAAUGAUUCUUACAUUGCUCAAGAUCACCUUCUUCUCGCCCUUCUGAAAGACUCUACCAUUGCUCCCGUUAUCAGAGAGGCUGGUCUCACCGAAGCCACACUCAAGACCGCCAUUCAACAAAUCCGCGGCAACCGUCGAGUUGAAUCCAAGAAUGCUGAAGCAGGUUUUGAUGCCCUCCACAAGUAUGCUGUAGACUUGACUUCCUUGGCAGAAGGUAUCGAUGCUAAUUUUGGUGAGGGAAAGAUUGAUCCUGUCAUUGGCCGUGACAACGAGAUUCGACGGGCGAUUCGCAUUCUAUGUCGAAGGACCAAGAAUAACCCGGUUCUCAUCGGUGAACCCGGUGUCGGCAAAACCUCUAUUGCUGAAGGCCUCGCUCAACGAAUCGUCAAACGCGAUGUUCCGGCCAGUCUCUUCUGUCGCCUGUUCUCCCUUGAUAUGGGUGCCCUCAUGGCGGGUGCCAAAUACAAGGGAGAGUACGAAGAGCGUAUCAAGGCCGUAUUGGACGAGGUUGACAAAGCUGCCGAGAACGGAGGCACCGGAGUCAUCCUUUUCAUCGACGAGUUGCAUCUUAUUAUGGCUGGCAGAGGAGCAGAAGGUGGCGGAAUGGACGCCGGCAACCUCUUCAAACCUCUACUCGCUCGCGGCAAACUUAGGUGUAUCGGUGCUACCACCCUUGCCGAGUACCGGAAAUAUAUUGAGACGGACGCAGCUUUGGAACGACGAUUUGCUCAAGUCAUCGUAAACGAGCCUACGGUAUCAGAGACGAUCAGUAUUCUUCGUGGUAUCCGGGAAAAGUAUGAGGUCCAUCACGGUGUCAGGAUUAUGGACCCUGCUUUGAUUUCCGCAGCGACCUUGGCGCACCGUUACUUGACAUCCAGACGUUUACCCGAUUCUGCCAUUGAUCUUGUGGAUGAGGCAUGCGCUAGUGUACGCGUUACGCGGGAGACUGAGCCCGAGGAGAUUGACAAGCUCCAGCGUCGCCUGCUCGAGCUCCAAGUCGAGAUCCAUGCAUUGGAGCGAGAGAAGGAUGCGGCUAGCAAAGAGCGCCUCGUCCUUGCGCGGAAAGCCACUGCGACUGUCGAGGAUGAGCUGAGGCCCUUGAAAGCGGCUUACGAGAACGAGAAAAAGAGAGGCGAUGAAAUUAACGUCGUCAGGCGCAAGAUUGAUGAAUUGAAAGCAAAAGCGGAAGAAGCGGAACGAAGAUACGAUCUUGCUACUGCUUCUGACUUGAAGUACUACGCGUUACCAGAUCUGAUGGCGCGCUUGAAACAGCUUGAGGAAAAGAAAGCUGCAGAAGACGCCACCGCUGAAGGCGGAGGAUCAGAUACCGUCACGUCGGAACACAUUGCGGAGAUCGUUGCUCGCUGGACUUCAAUACCAGUGACAAGGCUCAUGUCCUCAGAGCGGGAGAAGCUUCUAAGGAUGGAAAGAAUAUUGGCGGAGAGCGUUGUUGGUCAGACGGAGGCUGUCAAGGCGGUGGCAAACGCCAUUCGACUUUCUCGGAGUGGAUUGGCAAAUCCGUCGCGCCCGAUCGCUAGCUUCUUAAUGGCGGGACCGUCGGGCACCGGGAAAACGCUUAUGGCUAAAACCCUCGCCACAGUUCUCUUUGACUCCGCUGAUGCAAUGAUUCGUAUCGAUGGUUCGGAGUACUCUGAGAAGCACUCCAUUGCGCGCUUGAUCGGUGCACCACCCGGAUACGUUGGUCACGAUGCUGGAGGCCAAUUAACCGAAUACAUUCGUAGGAAGCCUUACAGUAUCGUCUUGAUAGAUGAGGUAGAAAAGGCUUGCAGGGAAUUUGUCACUCUUUUCCUGCAGGUCCUCGACGAUGGUCGGUUAACGGACGGUCAAGGCAGAGUUGUAGACUUCCGUAACACUGUCAUCAUCAUGACUUCGAAUUUGGGUGCCGCGCAUCUCAAUGAUAUGGGGGAAGGACCUGUGACUCCUCAGACAAGGUCUUUGGUCUUGGGCGCUAUCCAAUCACACUUCCCUCCGGAGUUCGUCAAUCGUGUUGAUGAAAUCAUUGUCUUCCGUGCAUUGUCUCGCAAGCAUGUCCUUAAAAUUGUGGAUAUUCGGCUGCAGGAGGUGCAAGACCGACUCGCUGAGAGGAAAAUCACCCUCGAUCUCGACCAAUCCGCUAAGCAGUACCUCAUGUCGGUCGGAUAUUCGCCCGUCUACGGUGCACGUCCUCUGAACCGAGCAAUUCAGAGCGAGCUUCUCAAUCCACUGUCGAUGAUGAUCUUGUCAGACCGUGUCCGUGAUGGAGAGGUUGUGCAAGUAUGCUUUGAUGGACCUCACAACCGUCUCACCAUCCUCCCCAAUCACCAAGGAACGGUCGUGGAGGAUGCAUACAUGGACGUCGAUGAUGACAUUGAAAUUGAAGAGAUGGACUAGAUUUGAUAUGAGGUCGUAUCUGUAUAAUAGUGUAUUUAUCAUGGGUUUGCUAGCAUCAUCUGUAAUAUAGUAGCAUCUCAACACAUUUUUUCGGGUUUAAAGGAAUUAUUUACACAAGUCUAAUUGGUAAGAGAUCACUAUAAUCGGGUAUCACCUCCUCCUCAUGCUCUCCUACAGGCGUCGGCCGCCCUGCUGCGCGUAACUUCCCAUAUCUAUCAUAUGCGGUCUCAGCCUCCCCACGGGAGCCUCCCCCCGGGAGUCUCAGCCGUCUCAUCGGUGAGUACGUGCCACAGUCCUCGAGCGUAGCGGGAUCUAACGGGCU